AUGAAAUUCAACGUUCUUGUCGUUUCUACUGCAGUUUUAUUUUUCCAACAAGGGUUCGCUGCACCAACUGAAUCUCAAGCAUCUGCUCGUGUUUCUGCAUCUGCCCAUGUUUCUGCAUCUGUAUCGUUAAGCGCCUCUGCUAGGCCAUCAAUGACAUCCACACCUUCCAUAGAUUCAUCCAUCAUUACUGAGGCUUUGGAAAACUUGAUGUCACAAUUCGAUUCUCAAUUCGAUCUACCUAUUGACGACGAACAAGAUAUACUAAAUCUCGAAACGAAUCAACCCGCCUUGGAUAAUGCAUUGGAAGCUGAUUUGAUCCGUAAACUUGGUUGGGAAAAGACAGAUUCCCAAGUGUUGACGAAUUUCAUUGAAGCAGUGGAUAAGUUGGGUAAUAUGGUCGAUCAAGAAGGAAUGGAUUCUGCAACAUCAAAUAUGUUGUCUCAAUUUCAAGCCAAUGCACGUCAACUGAUAAAUAACGCUGGUUACGAAUAUCGUCUUUUAGCAGAUAAUCGUCGCAUUUUAUCCCGUGUCAGUGGUACCGAACAGAACACUUAUCGUGAAGAAAUGUUAAACACACUGAUUGAACGUCUUGUACGUGGUUUGGUCGAACUCCUCAAUAGCUUGCGCACUGGUCAAGGCAAUGCACCUAUGAAUACUGAAGUCAUGAAUCGUCUCGUAGGACUCAUCACAAGUGUACUCCAAUCUGUCGGUCGCUCUCUUCAAGAUUCUCUUUUCCCUCGUGGUGGUAACAACCGUGGUGGUCCUGGAGCUGGCAAUGUUCCCACUCCUGGAACUGGCAAUAUUCCCACUCCUGGAACUGGCAAUGUUCCCACUCCUGGAACUGGCAAUGUUCCAACUCCUGGAACUGGCAAUGUUCCAACUCCUGGAACUGGCAAUGUUCCAACUCCUGGAGCUGGAACUGGUACUGGCACUGGUACUGGAGCUAGUACUUUACCUGCUUUACCUAGCCCUGGAACUGGUGUUGGCCUUGGCCUUGGUAUUCACUAA